GAAAAUCCUUUGUUGCCUUAAAUGGACUUAAAAUAUCAGAUGGCUUACAGGCUACAAGGCCUUGAACAUUGUCACAUUUCCACUGAACCUCUGUACACGUCAUUAUGUAGUUUCAUUAUGAAUCCUCAGUGCUUUGUGUGCAGGUUCAAUUGUAGUGUGUUUCCGUGGGUUUUGAGUCAAGAGGAUUCAAAUAGCCCAAGAGUUUAAUGAACUGGUAGCAUAAAAGCAUUAGUCAUUUGGCUGCCCUGUCUCUCCACCUGCUCCCCUGUGAGAUGUUGUUGAGAGUGAUAUCUGAAACACCUGCUUCGAUCCCAUUUACAAAGUCAGUAAAAACAGUCAAUCAAGCCGACGAGCUGAUAAAACAUGACUUUGCCCUUGAAACACGGGCCACGCCACUUGUCUUUUUAUUGAGUCUAUAAUUCACCUGUGACUGUUGAUUUAUCGCGGUUAGAGGGGAUGGGACUCUGGAUAUUGCUGAUGGCUGCUGUGAGCAGCAAGUGAGUUGGCUGGGGUCUGUGUUUAUGUGUGUGUGUCUGCUGUGUGGCAUGCAGGAGGGGGGAUAGGCUACAGCUGGAAGUAUAUAACCCAGUUGGGACCAACAGAGCAUGUACAAGUCUUCUUCCCUCUUGAGGACCUCCGUGAGAAUCAGGAGCACUUCCAACAACAGCGUCCAAUAGUGAUGAAGUGUAACCAUCUCCUGUCCUGGGCCUUCCUGCUUGUGGCCUCUGGGCCACUGCUGGCUCACCCCCUCACAGAAUCUGCUGAGAUGCCUUAUCCAGGACCUGUAUCAGUUGAGGACCGAGGAGUCGAACCUCUGGACGAUCUGACUCUCUCUGAGCAAACCUUCCCUCCUCAGGAUGGUGCUGGUCUCAGAUAUUCUGCUCUGAUAUCUGGGGAGAUCAACAGAGAUGGUGUCAGAACCACAGGCCUGCUUCCCAGGGGAAUGAAAAGAGAGGUCCUAUUGGAGAAACAAAGUCUCCUAAAUCCUUUCAGCCGUGUGCUGGGCAUCCGCAAGCAGUUCAGAAAGAGAGCAGGGAAUUCUGAGUGUUUCUGGAAGUACUGUGUCUAAAACUGUCAACAGGCACCAACGCUAAACAUAAGAGACAGGGCUUGCACUAAAAAAAAAAAUCCCUAUCUUGCACUCACAUAAGUACAUGCAGACAAAAUAAGAAACAUCAUGUAUG